CCUGAUUGUUUCGGAUGGUAUAUAAGGAAACGUCAAGUCGAUACUCUUCGCAUUUCCCGGAUGAACACUUAAAAUGCAAUUGGUGAUCUUCCUGUGGAUAGGUCUUUUGACUGUUCCGCAGGCAUCCGCCUCGGAUGUAUGCACUGGACAAAAUUUUGGAUAUAAAGUAGCUGAUUCAGACGAUCCACGUGCAUACUACCUUUGCCUGGGGUUGCUUGGCAAGACCAGAAAUAAUUGCCCUGAAGGAUAUCACUUCAACCUACCAUCCCAGAACUGCGUCAAGGACAUUAUGUCAAGCAAUCUUGCCAAACUAGAUAAACAAACUUUUGCCCGAGAUGUCAAUAGUGUGCAAAAUGUGUUCAAUAUCUUUCAAAAUAUUUCCAUGGACCAUCCAAUAAUUUUUAAUAUCUUUGGCUCGCUAUGGCCUUCGCCACCCAAAUCUCCACCAAGAACAACAUCAUCACCCGACCCUGACGCUACUACCAACAAAGAUCUGUCUUCUACAACUGUAGAAGGUAUAAUCACGGAAGAUAUUUUAACUGAAAUUUAUAUCUCAAGCUCUACGACAGAAAGUUUAAUGGUGAGCUCUAUAGAAAGUUCAAGUUCCACAGACAGUUCUAUUAAGAGUUCCAGCUCAAGUUCCGAGAGUUCCUCAUCAACAGAAGAGAGUUCCACAGAGAGUUCUACUGUGAGUUCCAGCUCUACAGAGAGUUCCUCAUCAACAGAAGACAGUUCCACUGAGAGUUCUACUGAGAGUUCCAGCUCUACAGAGAGUUCCUCCUCAACAGAAGACAGUUCCACUGAGAGUUCUACUGAGAGUUCCACCUCUACAGAGAGUUCCUCAUCAACAGAAGACAGUUCCACAGAGAGUUCUACAGAGAGUUCCUCAUCAACAGAAGACAGUUCCACAGAGAGUUCUACUGAGAGUUCCUCAUCAACAGAAGACAGUUCCACAGAGAGUUCUACAGAGAGUUCCUCAUCAACAGAAGACAGUUCCACAGAGAGUUCUACUGAGAGUUCCUCAUCAACAGAAGACAGUUCCACAGAGAGUUCUACUGAGAGUUCCUCAUCAACAGAAGACAGUUCCACAGAGAGUUCUACUGAGAGUUCCUCCUCAACAGAAGACAGUUCCACAGAGAGUUCUACUGAGAGUUCCUCCUCAACAGAAGACAGUUCCACAGAGAGUUCUACUGAGAGUUCCAGCUCUACAGAGAAGAGUUCCUCCUCAACAGAAGACAGUUCCACAGAGAGUUCUACAGAGAGUUCCUCAUCAACAGAAGACAGUUCCACAGAGAGUUCUACUGAGAGUUCCUCAUCAACAGAAGACAGUUCCACAGAGAGUUCUACAGAGAGUUCCUCAUCAACAGAAGACAGUUCCACAGAGAGUUCUACUGAGAGUUCCUCCUCAACAGAAGACAGUUCCACAGAGAGUUCUACAGAGAGUUCCUCAUCAACAGAAGACAGUUCUACAGAGAGUUCUACUGAGAGUUCCUCAUCAACAGAAGACAGUUCCACAGAGAGUUCUACAGAGAGUUCCUCAGCAACAGAAGACAGUUCCACAGAGAGUUCUACUGAGAGUUCCUCAUCAACAGAAGACAGUUCCACUGAGAGUUCUACUGAGAGUUCCUCAUCAACAGAAGACAGUUCCACAGAGAGUUCUACAGAGAGUUCCUCAUCAACAGAAGACAGUUCCACAGAGAGUUUUACUGAGAGUUCCAGCUGAGAGUUCCAGCUCAAGAGAGAGUUCCAUUUCAAGUUCGGAGAUUUACUCAUCAACAGCAGAGGGUUCCACAGAAAGUUCAACAGAGAGCUCCAGCUCCGAGGAUAUAGAAAAUUU